AUGAACACUGAGGAGCGGAUCGCACAAUACACGGUCAUCAAAAACGCCAUCAACACCUACACUCCACUUGUGAGAGGAUUCCUCCACGAUCUGAUCGUCGCCGAAAGAUCAGUAGAGGAUCGGGAGAAGAUCUUGACUCUCCGGAGCGAGAAGAAGACCAGAUUUUUCGAUGAAGAGAAUAAGAAACUUGGAGUCACUGCAGGGAAAGAUAUUGGAACCGGCGAAUGGGUUCUGGAGAUGACAGGAAAGGUGUUUCUUGAUUCAGAAGUCAAAGACAGAGCGGUUAUGACGUGUGGAGCUUCCCACCAUCUCUAUCAAGGGAUCCCGUGUGGAAGAGACAACGAAUCAAUUUGCAUGGCGGUUUGGAUGAAAGAUACCAUCGGGAUGUACAUUCGCCGAUCGUGCCAGCCGACUUGCCAGCUAGUUCAUCACUUUGGAACUGAGCUUCACCUGGUAGUCGAAGCACUAAAACCUCUGAACGGAGGAGAUGAAGUGACCUUGGCUCACGAAUCGGAUUGCCUUGGAUCGCAACACCAAUUGAAAUGUGCCGAGCAUGAGAAGAACCCAGACGACUGCCCAAUGGAACAAAAGAGACUGUUGAGAAAGGCGCAAAAUGAGAAUCCGGCUGCUUAUUCUUUAACGGUCACUUUGACCGAGUCGGGGGAAGAAGAAACUAUUGUUGCACUGCCCCCAAAUCAGCCACUGGUCGUCGAAGAAGUGGUCGUAUCCAACUUAUCAUCCGACAGCUCCGCUCGCUCCUCGCCAGAAGCUCCGGAAUCUCCACUAUCUGAAGUGCUUCUCCCUCCACCUCAGAAAAAAAGACGUGAAAAUGAAAAAAAUCCAAUCAAGGUUCCGUCGCCAGCUUCUUUCUCGGUUUCUCAACGGGCACAUCUCCACUAUUCGCCACCUUCUUCACCACAGCCACAACAGCCACGUGGCAACUUUUCGCCAAAGGCAGUUUUGGCUUCUGAAUACCUUACCAACAUAUGGACAACUGAUAGAGUCCAGCAAAUGGCGAAGAAGGAUACGCCACUCGAGAAAAAUCUUCAAGCUUUGCCGAUCCUCCCCAACGACAAACUUAAUAACGGUGAAGGUUCGGAUCGAGCACCCCAAGUUGCUGAGUCAGAUGAAGUCAUGCACGAUUCCACUUCUGGCAACCAAGGAGAGCUCGAUGAGCCGCCGAGAGCCGUGUCUCCGCUGAAUAAUGUCGAUUCGUCGUCAACAAUUUCAAAUAUGGUGCACAAUAAGGAGCAGAGAACGCAGUACACGGUUGCACUGCCCCCAAUUCAGCCACUGGUCGUCGAAGAAGUUGUCGUAUCCAACUCAUCAUCCUACAGCUCUGCUGGCUCCUUGCCAGAAGCUCCGGAAUCUCCACCGUCUGAAGCGCUCCUCCCUCCAUCUCACAAAAAAAGACGUGAAAAUGAGCAAAAUCCAAUCGAGGUUCCGCCGCCAGCUUCUUCAUCGGUUUCUCGACGGGUACAUCUCCAAUAUUCGCCACCUCCUUCACCACAGCCACAACAGCCACGUGGCAACUUAUCGCCAAAGGCUUUUCGAGCUUCUCAAUGCUUUACCAAUCCAUGGACAACUGAUAGAGUGAUGAAACCUACGGAGACGACACUCGAGAGGUAUAUUCGGGCCAACUGCCAACCUGAUGACGGUGAAGAUUUGGAUCGAGACUCGACACUCGACACGCCACUCGAGAGGUAUCUUCAGGCUUUGCCGAUCCUUCCCAACGACCAACUUAAUAACGGUGAAGGUUCGGAUCGAGCACCCCAAGUUGCUGAGUCAGAUGAGGUCAUGGACGAUUCCAUUUCUGGCAACCAAGGAGAGCUCGAUGAACCGCCAAGAGCCGUGUCUCCGCUGAAUAAUGUCGAUUCGUCAUCGACAAGUUCAAAUAGUGGCGUUCGUCAACCAAGAACCGAACAAUUGGCUGCUGAUGAACGUGCGGCAACUCGGCGGAGAGGAGUUGCAGAAGGUGAAGCUCAGCGGAAAGCUGCUGCGAUUGCACGCAGAAAUCGUGCUUCAACCAACAGAAAUUCUUCAAAAAAUAACGCUGUCGUAAACGAGUGUGCCGUGGUGAGAAUCGUCGGCAAGCGUAUUACACAACGAGGAAUCGAAUACCAAGUGAAAUGGGAAGGAUGGCCAGAAGACUCAAAUACUUGGGAACCGCUCAACAAUCUGAAUUGCAAGGAACUUGUGGACAGAUAUGAGAAGGAGAAGAAAGCGGAAAGACCAAGAACAGUGGCAAGACGGGCACUCUCAUCUACAUCCACCCAAUCUCCAAGACGUGGUGAUCAGAGUUUGAAGAAAAUCAAGACAGUCGAAAAAGAAAAUGGAGAUCUUCAAUUCAACUGUGAGAUGCGGGAUGGGUCUGAAAAACAAAUCCCGAAUUCCACAGUCUACGGAAAGUAUGGAACCAAAGCUGUCCAAUUCUUCGACCAAAACGUUCUUGCUCAAAUGGAAGAGGGGGAGUCCAGACCCUAA